UGUGGGAAAGCAGCCGUCUGCAUGUCUCCUGUGGAGAUGGCAGCUGCUGAGACAAAGUGCUCCUCCCUGAUUUCAAGUGCAUUUCUCUGCUCCGACAGGUGUACCAGGGCCUUUGUUGCCAUUUGGUAGGGGAGAGCGUGCUCACCGCCUCUGCCUGUGUGCACUUCAUGGAGAGGCGUGGAGGGGCAGUCUCUGAGGAGACAGUCAGCGUGCCUUAAUGUAAAGAGUUGGUUGCCGCCUUAAAGCCCAUCGCCUCGGACUGACCAGUCUGGUUCUUUCUCUUUAGUGCCUCUGAUGCCUCCCCACGGAAGCAGAGCUCCUGCUGACUCAGUAAAUGCAACAAAAAGGUUCUGAAAUUGCUGUAGUGAUGGAGUAGCUCUCCGUUCAGUGGAUGUCUCUUGUGCCUACCCCUUUUAUUUUGCAUGUUAUUAGAUGUGUCUGUAAAAAAAAAACCUUGACUAUCCUGUAGUAGGUUUCAAUAGAUACUGAUGUGACAGCUUCUUUCAUUUCAAUCUGUUUAUAAACAUGGGUUCCAGUAGGUACUGUCAAGACUAAUCCAGUUCCUCUGGGUUAGACUGUUGUGACUGCCUUUGGGUGUUGAUGGAAUAGAAGAUGAUGUUAUAUAUCUUAAAUAUAGGGUGAAGAUGUAGAAGUGUUUCUACCCUAGUGUUUUCUUAAUGAGCCUGUUAACAGAAGACAGUUUAAUGAGCCUGUGAAUCCCUUUAGGUUCCACUUAAGCAAGGUCAAUGGCUGCUUCAUCAACGUUUUAGCUAUCUGUAGAAUGGGAGAGUUUGUUUAUUUGUUUAUAUGUAAACUGUUCAGUCAAGUAAAAUGGGAUUUGGACUCGGUCCAUCUUGUGCUACACAAUGGGUUGUAAUUAAUGUAGCAUGUCUUGCUGGUUGGGGCCCACUGAAUGAUCUACAAAUCCUGAUACAACUGAUCCUAAGCAGGCUAUCUCAUGGAGUAUCUGAGAGUGUGUGUUAACACCCUAAAGUAUUUGUGUAAAGUGCUUUAGUAUUUGCUGACUGUGCUGUUUCUCAGAGUGUCUGGAGGCAAAGUGAUGGGCAUCUCUGUGGAGAGCAGAGGCAAACUGUGGUCUCACAAGUCUGUGUGGGUCAUGUCCAGGGUGUGUCUGCACCCUCUUUGCUGAGAAAUGCCUGUCCCUAUACCAUGUGUCAAUAGAUAGGGAUAUUUUUCUCAUCCUUCUUACCUGGUAUUGAUCCAUAGCUCUAGUCCUUUACUGGAGGUUUGGCACUCAACCAGCUAAAGGUAAUUCUUGCCUCUCCUGAUAUAUAAUUUGUGGCUGACCAUCUGUCUCCCAGUAAAUCACUGUCUCUGUAUUGAUCCAGCUGUAAGGUGUGGCUCAGUGACAGCUCCUCUCCUUCCAUGCCACAAAGCCAUUGGCAGCAGAAUUACCAGCAAAAAUGAGGUGCUUCCUGAAAGUGGGGUUGGUGGUGGGGGACCUCUGCUUACUGAGCUUGGAAUUGGACUGGUUGCCCCCAGCUGGGAAAAGCUCACAAGUUUCUGGUGGUUUCCUUGUUUUAAGGGUUGAAGCAGGAAGGGGAAAAUGGAGAAGAAACCACACCAGAAACAGUUGGAGGAAGGGGAAGAAUUAUUAAAAGAAUUGUUUCUACUGUGUUGGGCUUAUUCAGUCUUCUGUCCCAAGGGACCUUGAGGGUAUCAAGGUCUGCCUGGAAAUGAGAAUGGCACAGUCUGAAGUAUGCAGGGGAUGCGUUACAGUGUACUUUUAUUCUGAGGUCCUUUCUUUCACAAACUUCAGGGUCUGAACAGUAAAUGCCUGUUGAAUGCAAGUUGAUAAAAUUGGCAUGUGUAGAAACUGACACAGUCCUAUCUGGAGCUGUCAAAAUUCACUAUCAGAUACUUACUUCAUUCAUUAUGUACAGCUUUUUGAUGCAGGGAAACCAACUGGUUUUAGAAGUCAGAUUUGGUUAUGACUACGUGGUACUGCAGUAUUCACCUCACCACAGCACCUUCUGCACAUUUACAGGCUGACUACUUGAAGGUGGCAGAUCUGGGUCUUCUCAUCCUGUGCCUCUCUCAAAAUAAAAGGAAGGGGAAAGAUAUCACUGGUGUGUCUCUGACAAGGUCUGAGAAAAGCUAGCAGUCCUGCUACAAGGAAGUGUCUUCACCCGAAACCAAACUGGUUGCUCAUUUGCCAGUCGUAGAGGAGGAGAAACUAAUGUAAAGCAGGUGACCAUGCAGAAUGCAAUUCAGGUGUGGUUUGGAGAUGAGCUUCCCUUGAGCCCCCGAAGUCCUCUGACCCCGCGACACGGGCCAGGUCUGGCAGAUGUGUGCCUGUAUGACCAGUGGAUAUCUGUGCGGCACGAAGCCACUUUGGUGCCUAUGCAAGAAGAUCUCUCCAUUUGGCUGUCUGGCUUGCUGGGAAUGGAAGUCAAAGCAGAGCAACUGCUAGAAGAACUUGAUAAUGGGGUACUGCUUUGCCAAUUGAUUGAUGUUCUUCAAAACACAGUUAAAAAAUGUUGUAACACAAACAACUUAAGGAAUUUUCCUAUGAGAAAAGUUCCAUGUAAGAAGGAUGCUCCAUCAGGAUCUUUUUUUGCCAGAGACAAUACAGCCAACUUUCUUAACUGGUGUAGAGCCAUUGGAGUUGAUGAGACAUACCUCUUUGAAUCUGAAGGCUUAGUGUUGCACAAGGAUCCAAGACAAGUGUAUCUUUGUCUGCUGGAAAUUGGGCGCAUUGUAUCUGGGUAUGGAGUUGAACCUCCUGUACUUGUAAAACUAGAGAAGGAAAUUGAGCUAGAAGAAACCCUGCUGAUGACCUCUGGGCCACCAUCACCUCUUAGCACACCAAAGUCAUGUUGUCACCAUGGGGAGCUACAUGAGGCAGUAAAACAUAUAGCAGAAGAUCCUCCCUGCAGUUGUUCCCAUCGAUUUUCAAUUGAAUACUUGUCAGAGGGACGUUAUCGACUGGGAGAUAAAAUACUCUUCAUACGAAUGCUACAUGGCAAGCAUGUGAUGGUACGUGUUGGUGGAGGCUGGGACACUCUUCAAGGUUUUCUACUCAAAUAUGAUCCAUGCCGAGUGCUUCAGUUUGCAACUCUGGAAGAAAAAAUCCUGGCAUUUCAGAAAGGGGUCACCAGUGACAGUGUCCCCAGCUUGUCAGCUAGAAAUCAGGAGCCUCCUCUUAUGAAUCCGAUGUCAGCUGUCAAUAUGUUUCACAAGCAGCCAUCAAAACCUCCUGCUCCUGUUUUAGGUCUUGGGGCCAGUGCCAAGAAGACUAUGGUUAAACGUCCUCAGUCCCCUGCCCUGGCAUCACCAAGAGUGCCAGUGACCCCAUCUUCCACUGCCAAGUCAUCAACAGUCAGGUCCAAAUUACAAGGGUCUGCAGCAGCGAGUGUGCAGUCUCCUUUCAAACCAUUAGCUGGUGCCUCAAAGAAACUGGAGUCUCCUGCAUGCAACUCACCAACUUCAGCUCCUUCACAGCCUGGAAACAAAAGUUCUUCAUGUGCAGGAACAAGAACAGCUCCUGUUCCCUCUGAAACAUUGCGCAAACGUAUUCGGUCCCCCGAUGCUACCAAGGUGAAAUUUGCCCUGCCUCGGGGCUCCCCAGCACCAGCACUCCAUCGUGCCCUCUCACCCUCUAAAAAACAACCAUCUCUCUUGUCUGGGACAGCUGGAACAACCACUUCAAAACAGAAGUGUGUCCCUGCUAAAUGCAAACCUGUAUCUGUCACGAAAUCCAAGGCAAAUUCAGCUGCUCCUAGGGCUGCUCGGCUGCCAGUUACAAAUCUGCGCACUGUUGCCAAGUUUGCACAUUCUCAGCAACUCCUUGCAAAACCUGCUGAAAAUGAUAUUCAGAGGUCAGGUGUUGGGUCUCAGCAUCCUCAGAAAGCCCCACAAACAACUUCUCAGCUAGCAAGGAACUUGAAGACUGCUUCCGAGCUAAAGCUAUCUGCUUCUGCACCUUCCCUUGCAGUUAGCAAAGCAUCAAAGCCACCACCUCCAUUGUUACCUAUAAGCAAAAGUGUGUCAUCAACUGGCAGCAAGCAGCCAAAUGCCAGUAAUCCCCCUCAGGCUGGACCCUCUUUAUCCAAACCUGCUGAACGCACACCUUUGUCUGUUGUACGGCUUCCUCAAACUUCAGCCAAAGCAGCAGUGACCAAAAAACCAGCACAGCCUUCCACAAAAGGUCAGCAUUCAUCCAAAAACUUGCAAACAAACAAAAGCUUGGCCCCAACAGCCAAGAAGCCACUCCCAAAGGAGCAGGCAUAUAACAGAGGAACACCUGGUGCAUCAAAAGAUCCUCUUAUGAAGAGCAGGCAAGAUGAUCACUAUUUUGUUAUGACAGGGACUAAAAAGCCCAGAAAGUAAACUAAUUUGUUACCUUCUGAGGAAGUCUCUAUUUUGUUAAAAAGGGCCUCUUGUAACUACUGCACUGAGGACAAGGAAAAAAGUAAAAUAACACUACAUUUACUAUGAAAUAUUAGGUAUAACCUGCCUUUUGCUGCCUAACUUACUGUAAGAACUCUGUUUAUUUUGCGGUUUAGAAACUUCUGGAUAUGUUUAGAAGGGAGCUUACUUGCUGUGUGGCACUGUGGAAUGGCAAAUGUCCUUGAUCUGCUGCAAAAAUGUGGGAGAGGAAAGGGGAAUUAAGGCCAAUACUUUUGCAGCAGAACUCUGGUGGUUCUGGCACAUCUGCAUUGAGGUAUGUGGCAAGCAACAGAGCUGUGCACAAGCUGUAAAAUUUCUAAUACCUCAAGCAAAACUGUGGGUUUUGUUCACUAGUAUUCCAGAGCCCAAAUCUAGGUCACAUAUUUUGGAAAGAGAAGAAUUUUCUAGUCCUGUUUAGAUUUGACAUAUGCUAUUAUCAGUGUUCAUUGUGCCCCCUUCAUAUGCCUUAAAGUGGAUUCAGCUCACUUGGAAGUGGAGCUUGGUUUGUUUUAAAUUGGACACUGAUAUUCAUGGCCUUGACUGCUCACUUUCAUUGUGCCUUAGCCUUUCAAAUUCAGAAUAGAACUCUCCAAUGAGCUAUAUUACCUUUAAAACCCAGGGCAGAAAACCUUGCUUGGUCCAUGUUCAAGUCUGACUAACUUUCCAGAAAGCUCUUGCUGCAUGGAGAGAUGGUCCUGGGUUCUAGGGGAGACACUUUCCCCUGGGCUGGAGCAUCACGCCAGCUCCUUCUCCUGGUUUGGAGCCCCAAAACAACUCCUGCUGCAGCAACACUGAGCUGCAAGCACUGACCUGUUCUGGCAGAACUUUACUGCUCUGCAGGAGUGGUCUUUGCAUGCAAGACUGAAUUGCUAAAUACUUCUCUCAGUGCUACGGGUUAAUUUUUGUUUACACUCUGUAGUGGCCUUUCUUGUUUUAUUUAUGGAGACCUCUUUCCCGGCUCUCCUCUAUCACUCUCUGGAGAUGAGAAGUAGUUUCCCAAAGAGGAAUAUAGUCUGCAUUUGCCUUUAAACAUGUUAAAGUGCCAGAAAGCUAUACACUGUUUACAGUGCACUGUUUACAUCCAGCUCCUGAAGUCUUUCAGUGGGUUCAACAUCUGUGAUGCUCGACACCUUUACCCUUGAGAAAUGAGCUUCAUGGUAGAUUGAAAACUGCUGUCUUUAGGAGUAGUGCUGUUUAGUUAUUUUGGGGUUAAUGAACAGUUGUCCCUCCAGACACUGAGGAACUCUGAAGUUCUUUGAAGAUGCACUAGUGGUUUCCAUAGACCAUCACUUCUGCCCUCCAUUUCCAGUCUAUUUAUGGGCAGGAGUGGAUGUUACUGUCAUAGAGGCUCCUGGAUGGUGGAACAGGGAAGCCUUUUUAAAAGGAGAAGAGUUCCAUGGAAUAUGUAGCUUCUGGUGUUAAGGGAUUUUAUUUUGGUUUUUUUUUUUCCCCCUGGAACUAGAGUAAGCAAACAUUGUAAACUGAAUUCUCGUGCGAUGUGGCAGAGUCAUAGAGCUGCUUUUCUGAGCACCUUGUUAGCUUAUUUUAUUUAAUUUAUGAUUCUAUUUAUGCAUAUCUACUGUACAAUACUGCUCACAACCUGCUGGGAGUAAGCAGUAGAUGCCAGUAUCCAAACUGUAGGAGGAAAACAGAUGUGUUUUGAUAAUGUGGACACAAGUCCUACAAGAUCCCAUACAGAGUUGUAUGUCUGGGGAAAGCCUUGGGCUUGCUUGUUUUAUAUGUACGCUGGUCAAAGCACUGCUACAAUGUUAGGCAGGGUAUUGACUAUAGUGGUUUCCUGUCUGGUUUGAUAAAUCUGGCACAUGGUUUCAUAUGCUGAAAGCAUUUUACAGUAGAUGACUUGCUUUUUAUUUUUGGGCUUCCAAAUGGUGAGAUACAUGUGAUAUAUCUCAUGCAGGUUAAUAGCUGACUUCUUGGGAUUUUCUUUCUGUAAUGGGUCUGGAAGAGACGGACUUAACUUUCUUCAUAGUAUCCCAUAUGGGGCAGUGUCUUAGAUUUAAAAUCUAAACCCACGUUGAUAACACGGUGUUGUUUGGGCUGUUGCUGAACAACCCUUCCAUGGUGAAAUCUUUCUUUUUCUCUGCCCCCACGGUGAGUAGGCAGGAGAUUGGGAGUGACAUGGCUGGGAACUGGCCAACUUGAAUUGGCCAAAGAGCUGUUCCAUAUCAUAAGGCAUCACCUCAACAAUAAAAAGAAGGAAGAGGUAGAGAAAGAAGGGUGUGCAGGUUGUGUGGCUUUUAAGGUGGUUGUUUGCCAGCUGGCUGGGCAUCAGUCUGUCUGUGGGGGUAGUGAAGGACUGCCUUUGCAUCACUUGGUGGUUUACUUUUCAUAUCUUUCUUCAUUCAUUAAACUUUUUAUCCAGCCAGUGAGUUUUGCUUUUGUUGCUCCUCUCUCCUUAUCUUGCUGGGGGUGGAGGAGAGGUAAGGAGAGUGAGCAGCUGCCCAGGCGCUUGGUUGCUGAUUUGGGUCAGCCCACAGCACCUUUUAAACCAUUUACAAGGUUCUUAGCAUCAGUUUAAACACUGAGGCUCUUAGAUCUCGGUGUAAAGAAACUUCAGUAAUCUACCUUUCUGACCUACAGAGAAAAUGAGGCAAAUGGCUUCAUCUUUGGAAUAUAUGAUGUCAUGUAAUAAACUGAAUUUUAAAGUUCAAAAUUGAAAUAAAAAUGCAUAAGCUGUUACAGUUGAAACCUAAUCAGCUAAUCUAAAAUUACACAUGGGUAGACUUGGUUUGGUUUUAUUAUAAAAAUAGUGUAUUUGAGCGUGAUCCAACUUGUGUGGAAACUGUACUUGCCAACUGCAUAGUCAUGUAACAUGAGGUGAGCCAAGAAGGUGUAACAAAGUACAUCCUAAUGGAAAUGCAUACUAUUUUUGCAAUGUUUGCUGCCAAAUAGCAAGUCUAAUCUUCAGUUUAUAUUACCUUUUGUGAGGGAAAGAUAAUUUGGAGCAAGAAUCAGACUGAAUUCUCCAUGUGAUAUUGAUGUCCUCUGUAUGAGUACUUAUUUAAAAUAAACAUACACUGCACCUUUU